AUGGUUGUGGCCUUGAAAAAUGGAAGUGCAGCUCUAUCGCGACUCUGUCGUUACUUUUCGGACUCGCCAGUGAAGACACUGACUCACAAUUUGCCGAAAUCUGACGUCAAAUUGAAUGGUUGGGUGCAAAAGUCUCAUAGGUGUGGAGCGGUCACAUUCCUUCACAUUUCGGAUGGAUUAUCUGCCGAACAGAUCCAGGUUGUUGUGCCAAGGUCGUCGUGUCGUUCAGUCCCCGUGGGCUCCGCUGUCUCCAUCACAGGACGUUGGCAACCUAGCUCAGGCUCACAACAGGACUCGGAAGUCCUAGCAAGCGAGGUUGAAGUGCUGGCUACUGAUGACGAACCAAUGUAUUCGUCCUUAUCUCCGGACCAGCUUCGUAAAAAGAUUCACCUACGAGCACGCUCUCCAGCAUUUGCUUCUUUGCUUCGAUUGCGGUCAAAGUUGCUUUCCAAGACACAUGACUACUUUACGGUGAGUGCUCUCUUCUGA